AGGAACUAUGUCAAAGUGGUCCAAACGUCGGACUUUUUACGGAAUUAAAGUUACUUGUAUGUCAACAACAGGGCUCCAACAGGGUAAAAGGCUUUUUCCAAACUUGGUGUAACUUAUUUCAACCCAAGAAGAUACCUCUACGCUUCACAAGUACUCAAUUUCCACAUUUUCGUAAUUUGAUCUCAAGCGCCGAAAAGCUUCUAAUAAAGACGCAGCCAAAGUGGAAGGGAGGGCAGUGCAAGCAGAAGUUGCAAGCUGGAUCUGGAUCGUGUCAUAUUUGGGUGUAAAUAUACGCACUCUGCGUGCCUGCUUGUGCUUAUGCGUGUGCACCAGGCGCCGGCACAUCGCCAUGGAAGACCGACCCUGGAAAAGAAUCCUUUUCAUUUUGCUGCUCAUGCUAAGUGUUGCAGCAGCUUCACCUCCAAGAUGUGACGCAGGGAUUCGAGGGCACUGCAGGCCAAUAGUGGAAGAAAAACCCAAGUGUAUGGAUAUACAGCUGUCGUACUGUGAAGACAUGCCGUACUCCCAGACCCUGUUCCCAAACAUCCUGGGCCACAGCACUCGCCAAGAGGCAGAGAGCGGAGUGGAGUAUCUCCUCAUGAGCGUCGUCGAGUCUCUACUGGGCGGAGAAUGCAACCCCGACAUCCGCAUGCUAGGCUGCUCCGUGUUAGCGCCACGCUGCGAGAAGGACAAGGUGGUGAAGCCCUGUCGCUCCGUAUGCGAGGCGGCGCGGAAAAGGUGCGUCCACGCCUUCGAAGGCAUCGAGAUGGCCUGGCCUUACUUCCUGGACUGUGAUCGCUUCUUUGUGGGGGAGGAAGAAGGAUGUUACGACCCGAUAAAAGACCUCAAAGCGCAGUCGGACGGCUACGAUGAUUACUUCCUGCUGGACGUUCCGCCAGUGGAGGCGGCCCUGAAGAUCAAGUUCACGUAUCACUCCAACGCUCAGAUGAACAGCAUCCUGAAGAAAACCCAGCAGGAAUGUGCCGACAUUGCCAACACAUACAGCAUCGGCCACAGCAUGGAGGGCAGGGAGAUGCUGGUCAUCGAGUUCUCCGACAACCCCGGGCAACACGAAUUAUUGGAGCCAGAGAUGAAGUUUGUGGCCAACAUUCAUGGUGACGAGGUCGUAGGACGCCAGAUGCUCAUAUACCUGGCUCAGCACCUGUGUUCAGAAUACCGUCUUGGAAACGAACGCAUCCAGACCCUCAUCAACACUACGCGCAUCCACAUCCUGCCCUCCAUCAACCCCGACGGCUACGAGCUUGCAGUGUCCGGACAAAACGAAAGGAGCGGCAGCGAUGAUGAUGAAGAGGGUCAUAGAUAUGUUUCCUCCAACAUCGGCCGAAACAACGCCCAGAACAUCGACCUGAACCGAAACUUCCCUGACUUGACCUCCAUUGUGUACAGUCGACGUCGGCAAAAGACUUACCGUACAGACCACAUCCCAAUACCUGACCAUUAUUGGUUUGGAAAGGUAGCGCCCGAGACGUACGCUGUGAUGAAAUGGAUCAGAUCGAUCCCAUUCGUGCUGUCUGCUAACUUCCACGGAGGAGAUCUGGUGGUGUCAUACCCGUACGAUCGCUCCAAGCACCCGUUGGAUCUUAAUCUCUUCUCUCCUACGCCAGACGACAAGGUGUUUAAAUUUCUGGCAAGAACCUACGCAAGCACCCAUGAAGGCAUGCACACCGGGAAUGUUCCUUGUGGAUCAGCUCACACUCACAGCCAGAAGGGAACCGUGAACGGAGCACAGUGGUCCAGCAAUGCAGGAGGGAUGCAAGACUUCAACUAUCUCCACACCAACUGCUUCGAGCUGACAAUGGAGUUGGGAUGUGAGAAAUUUCCCCCCGAGGAGGAACUGUUCAUCAGCUGGCACGAGAACCAGGAAGCCAUGCUGUCCUUCAUAGAAGCGGUUCGUGAUUACUUUUUCUUCCUUGCUGUUUUUAAAUGUGAUCAUGUGAUCUAUCUUCUUCAGGCCCACAGAGGCAUCAAAGGCAUUGUGAAAGACGUGGAGGGAAAUGGCAUAAAAGGCGCCAGGAUAUCGGUACGAGGAAUACGCCAUGACAUCACUACAGCUGACAACGGUGAAUACUGGCGCCUCCUCACCCCGGGCAUCCACAUCGUGACGGCGUCUGCACCGGGCUAUGCGCGAGCGGCCAAGAAGGUCCAGCUACCCCCCAUGAUGCACAGCGCCGGGCGGGUAGACUUCGUGUUGGAGAAGGUGGCGCUGGAGCCAGAGCAGCUGGAGGAAGACGAGGCCGCCGCCUACGCUCGCUUCGACCCCAACAACCAAUACGAACGCUACGUCCUGAUGGCCGACGUCAGCUCAGCCCGAGAGGAACGUGUGGAGAAGCCCUGGUGGUGGAGCUACUUUGUCCUGCCGGGUGUGCCCUCGCCCACCUGGCUGCUUAAAAGUCAUUAGAUGACCAACGUUUUGACCACUUUUCCUGUUCAUUUCCUCUUCAUUUUUUAUACAAUAUUCCUCUCUUGUAAUUUAUGGCUCACAAUUCGCAACAUCAGUAACUGUGUACACGGUAGACAAAUGAGUUGGCCACUAGAGGGCAACAAUACUCCAAUUCAGAAGUAUUUUUAGUAUGGUUUAGUUUUUUUCUUUCAUAUUGUAAAUAAACACAGAUGAGUCUU